AUGACUGUCAGCAUUAUGCUGUAUAGAGCAAGACACCAAGGAGAGAAUGACAUUCUUCAUUGCAGGGGGUUAUUCAGCCAAAGGAAGGACUUAAAACCAAGUAUUGGGGUGGGAAAGGACAAACUCGUGUCGGGCACUGGAGCUGUAUGGAGCCGAGUGCGAAGCCAAAUACAGAGUUUUCCCGAGCGGCUGGCGACUUGUGGGGUCGAGGCCGCUGCAUAUGGAAAAUGUGUCCAGGCCGCCACGGCUCCCGGCGGGGAACUGAGGCGGAACCUCUGUGCCAAAGAAUUUGAGGCCCUGCGGAAUUGCUUCGUGGCAGUUGCCAAGAAGACCUUAAACUGAGGCAUUAGGAUGGGCUUUGAAUCACUGGAUUUACCUUCCAUUUGGUGCUGCCCAUCAGCAGGAAAUCAGAUUUUAACUGUUGCACCAACGCAUCGAAUGUCUUAAGCUCUGAGAAGUGAAACAGAAGGAUGUGCUUGUGCACAUUUACAUACAUGUAUAUAUGUGUACGGACAUAUGCACACACCUAACUUUGCAAAGUUACUUUGCAAACUUUAUGUAUAUAAAUAAAGACUUUGGUUAGUGUGGAAUGUAAUUUAAUUAAAAAUAAAGUUUAUAUUUAAAUUUA